AUGGUAGAUGAAGAAUUACAUUUUAAAACUAUUUUGAGGAGGAAGAAUGCUCUAAAAGCCAGAAUUUAUAGAAAGAGUGUUAUUGAUGACAAAAAAUCUAAGAGGUUGAAAACUGCUCUAAAAGAAAACGGUACAUUUGAUAAAAGACGCGACAAUGACUCAACAGCUUUGAGGAUACCACUAUCAGAACUUUCGCCAAACAUACUAAAUGACGGCCGUGGUAUAGCCAACAUUGAAAGGUUUGACAAUACAUUUGCUGCAACAAUAUCAAACCAAGAUCCAAUACCAGAAUUGCAACUCAAUGAGCUUUUUGCAUCUGAUAGUGGAGACGAUAAUAUGAAUGAUGAAUCUGACGGUUACAGUUCAGCAACAAAUUCAAGUUUUGAUGAAGAUGAAAUGUCUAAUGGAACAGAUGCUAUGGAAAAUUUUGAAAUUACAUCAGGAGGGUAUUAUGAUAUAGGGGAUCCUGUCAUUGAAUGUCAAUAUUGUGGUGCAAAUAUGUGGUAUUCGGAAAGGAAAAACAAAUGUCGUCAUGCGUCCAAUCCUAAAUUUUCCAUGUGUUGUGGAUCAGGAAAAGUUCAGUUACCUUUGUUAAAACCCGCUCCUAAAGUUCUACAACAUCUGUUGUUUGACAACGAAUCAUGUGAAUCAAAAAAUUUCCAACAACAAAUUCGAAUGUACAACGUUAUGUUUGCAUUUACAUCUCCUGGUGCGAAAGUGGACAAUCGAUUUAACAACGGUAGCUACCCUCCCAAUUUUCGUAUCCAAGGUCAAUCAUGUCACCGAAUAGGAAGCAUGUUACCGGUGCCAGGUCAAAAUCCACGAUUUGCACAACUAUAUGUUUAUGACACUGAGAAUGAAAUUGAAAACAGAAUGCAUGGAUUCAGGUCAAAAAGUGGAGUUGAUGUUAAUAUUGUGAGAAAACUAUCUGAAAUGUUAUAUGAACAUAAUGUUCAUGCACAAUCAUUUCGCAUGGCAAGGGACAGACUUUGUGAAGAAGGUGUUUCUGAUUUAAAACUUCGUUUAAUAUCUGAACGAAGAAGUGAUGGAAGGAUAUAUAAUCAACCAACUGUAUCCGAAGUAGCUGCUUUAAUUGUUGGAGAUGUCGACACUGUAGAAAAAAGAGACAUUAUAGUGCAAAAACAAUGUGGCGAACUUCAAAGGAUAGAUGAGUAUCAUACCAGUUAUUUAGGAUAUCAGUACCCAUUAUUAUUUCCAUAUGGUGAGGAUGGAUAUAGACCUAAUGUGAGGCACCGUGAUAAAGGGACAAAUAUUCGCCACUUCACAGACAUAACACAGUCAGAACAGAAUAAUAAAGAUAUUCUUUGGGAAGAAGCAACAAAGCGAAAUCGACUUACAAUAAGAGAGUGGUUGGCCUUUAGAAUUCAAUCAAGAUCUAAUGAAGCAUAA